UCAUGGUAGGAGUUUAAGUUAAGAAAUGUCUGUGAUUAUUGAAACAACAGUAGGGGAUAUAGUUGUUGAUCUGUAUGUGAAAGAAAGACCAAGAGCUUGUUUAAACUUUCUUAAACUUUGCAAAGUGAAAUAUUACAAUUACUGUUUGUUUCAUUCCGUACAAAGGAACUUCGUUGCACAAACUGGAGAUCCAACAGGGUCGGGCAGAGGAGGGGAAUCUAUUUUCAGAUCACUUUACGGAGAUCAAGCAAAAUUUUUCGAUGCAGAAAAAGUUCCAAAAAUAAAACAUAAGAAAGCAGGUACUGUGUCAAUGGUAAAUGAUGGAAAUGGUUUUCACGGCUCCCAGUUCCUUAUUACUUUGGGUGAAAACUUGGACUCAUUGGAUGGAAUACACACAGUGUUUGGGUGUAUUGCUGAAGGGUUUGACGUUAUUUUAAAAAUAAAUGAAACAUUCUGUGACAACCAACACCGACCGUUUCAAGAUAUUCGCGUCACACACACUGUUAUACUAGAUGAUCCAUUAGACGAUCCACCAGGCCUUGUUAUCCCAGAUCAUUCUCCAGAGCCAACCAAGGAGCAAAUUGAAGGUUGCUUCCGCAUAGGAGCGGAUGAGGCACUUCAGGAUGAGGAAGAAGAUGAAGAAGUUGUUGCCGAGAAGGAGGAAUCUAAAGAUGCGGAUCACCGAGCACAGGUUCUUGAAAUCAUUGGAGACAUUCCAGACAAGGAUGUUAAACCACCAGAUAAUGUUUUGUUCGUUUGUAAACUAAAUGCAGUCACCACAGAUGAAGAUUUGGAAAUUAUUUUCUCCAGGUUUGGCACCAUCAUAUCAUGUGAGAUCAUACGGGAUUACAAGACUGGUGAUUCACUACAGUAUGCCUUUGUUGAGUUUGAGACACCUGACAUGUGUGAGAAAGCUUACCAGAAGAUGGAUAACGUUCUAAUUGAUGACAGGAGGAUACAUGUCGACUUCAGUCAGUCGGUUUCAAAACUUAACUUUCCCAGAUUUAAUGCCACCAAAAAAUCCAACGAAGAAAUUUCCAACAAAAGCAUUCGAAGACAGAAGACGCCAGAUUCCCCCGACCAAAAGUACAAGCGACGUCAUCGUGACGUCACGCCGCCAGUACGUCAUAAUCAAAACCGUCGUGACGUCCCGCCAAGAAAUCGACCAAACGACCAUUCGUUAAGAAGACGUCAUCGUGAAGAAAGUCCUGUUUCACGUGACCGUGACGUGUCGCAUCGACGUCACCGUGAUGUAGAAGACAGACGUCAUCAAAGGCCAGACUCACACAGUAACUCACGCGGCCGAUAUCCGAGUUCCAAUAAUUCCCGAUCAGAACCAAAUAGAAACACGCGGCGUUCGCGAACACCUGUCUCCUCCUCAUCCGAAAGCGAGGAGAAGGGGAGAAAAAAACGGGCAGAGAAGAAAAGAGUGAAAGAACAAAAGAGACGCAAACGUUACUCCACUUCUUCAGCUUCCGAGGCCGAGGAUUUGUCCUCGGAUAAAGAAGUAAGAUGUGGGAAGCACCGGAAAAGGUCUGUUUCCAACCAUAAAGACGAGAAAGCAAAAAAGAAGAAAAAGAAGCAUAGGACAUGACCAGGUGUUACACCAGUGGUUGCUUAUUCCAUUUUACCAACACUGAGUUGUUUUAUUUUCAUUGAAAACACAGUUUGAGACACUCGUUUUAUUGGUUCGUUUUUUACCGUUAAACUGGCGAGCACUUCAUCGAAAAAUAGAGAUAAAUACGUUUCUAUAAAAAUAACCGCAACGACAAUAAAUGUUCGCUCAGACCGCGAAGUUC